AUGAACGAUACUGAGAAAAUUAAUAUAAAUUGUAUCGUUAAAGAAUCAUUAAAUUCACAUAUUUAUGGGUUUUUAAGUAAUACAAUAUCUAUUGAAACAGCAAAGACGUUUCUUCAAGAAACAAUUGAAAGUAAAAAAAAUAAUACAGGUAAUAAGAAUAAUAAUUGUUGUAUUCCAUUAAAUUGUGAAUUACAAAAUAAUAUGAUUCAAAAGACUAAUUUAUUAGAACAAUGGCAAAAGUUUUGGUAUCUGUUAAACAAUACAAACAAUACAGAUAAUAAUACCCAUCUAGAUGAAAGAUCAACAUUAAGAGGCUUCAAUCCAAAUAUUACUUCACUACAACAACGAAGUCAAUUGGAUUUAUUACCUAUAAUGGCCACCUCUUUAGAGAAUGAAACUAAUAUUAGCGAUACUAAUAUUGAUACUAAUAAUAUUGUUUUACAGAAUGCUAUUCAUUCACAUAAAAUAAAUAACGAUAUUCCUAUAUCAAGAAAACCAACUUCGAAUGAAAUCAUUUCUCUACCAACUGUAGAAGAUAUAAAAGUAAUUACAAAAUCAAGAUCACAAUCUAAUCCAAGAUCUAAAUCACAAGUUGCUCUAUCAACUAAUGACAAUACAAUUAAAUUUGAGAAUGUUUCAUUCGCUAACGCCAUUGAAUCAAAUUUUGAAGGUUCAAUAUCUUCUCAUUAUUUUCCGUCAUCAAUCCCAAAGGUUACUAAAAAAAUUUCAAAGCCCACCAAAUCUAAAAAGUCUUCUAAAUUUAGUUCACCAUUCAUUGGCAGUUUCCAAACGACUGGAUGGGUUAAACAAUAUGCUGAUAAUACUACAAAUAAACUAACAAGGAAGAAAUCAAAUAAGAAAAACACUCCAACCUCAUUAGAAUCACAUUCAAGAAAGUUAGAAUUCUCAACAAAAAGAGAAAAUUCACAAAGGUCUAAUAGUGUAUGUAGCAACUGUAGUUCGACAACAGCACCUUCAGUAUCAUCAUUAUCAUCAUCUUCAAAAUCAAAACCUAAAUCAAAAAAAUAUAACAGUAAAUCACCCAUUGCAAACAAUAACAAUAAUAAUCAUAACCCGAAGGUAAUAACUACUCCGCAAGUGGAUUCAUUAUUAGAUUCUACAACCAUUGACCUUACAGAAAUGACCAAUUCAAAUCCUACAAUAAAUUUCAUUCAAGAAACAAAUAACUACCAACAUUUAUAUGCUGGAUAUCAAGAUCAUGCUUCUAAUUCAGAUGAACAUUCGUUUAUGGAGACACUUCUUCACGAUACUCUCCCAUUUGAUGAACAUAUAUUUACUGCAAUAAACUUUGAUCAAUUUUCAGUACAAUCAUCAAAUUCAGAAGUAGGCUUGAACUCAAUGAGCCAUAGAAAGUCAGAUUCAUCAAGGGUUUCCAGUGAAUGA